CAGCCGGGCCGGCGGAGGCGGCCGGGGCUGCGCGGGCCGGGCGUGACCUCCGGGGGGCCGUGGAGCGCUUCGCCUGCCUCGGGGAGCUGCUGGCCGCCCAGGAGCCCCAGCUGGAGCCGGCCGCACUGCGGGCCAGCGCCGACGUCCGCGGAGCGGGCAGGAGGAUCGCGGAGCUGAUGGGCGCAGGUGUCCAGGGAGGGCAGGAGGAGGAGGAGGAGGACGACCCUGCUCCGGAUCGAGGUCAGAGGUCAGGGCUCCCGGACGCCGCGCCGGAGCAGCCCGGGCUGGCGCGAGCGGCCCGCCUGCUGCUCUCCUCCGUGGCACGCACGCUGCUCCUGGCCGACCGCGCCGCCAUCAGGCACAUCGUCGGAUUCCGCAACCAGGUGCUGCAGAGUCUGGAGGGCCUGGAGAGUGCUGAGAGCCCUGCGGAGAUGGUGCUGGCCUUCAACGACUUCUCCGAAGCCAUCGAGCCCUUCGUCAACCUCUCGGCCGAGCGGGAGCAGGAUCUCAAGGACGAGCGGCAGGCGGCGCGGAUCGGAGCCGCUCGGAAUGUGCUGGAGAAGGCCCCCAUGAUGCUGCUCGCUGCGUGCAAGGCAAGUGAGGUUGCCUGCUGCACGCGCUGCAACCGCAGCGCCGGAUUAUUCUAGGAGCAAAAGUAGCUACAUGUGUAGUAGCUACUACAUAUGUAGUAGCUACUAAUGU